CGAGGCGCGUCUGUCAAUUAGAUGUGCUAAUUUAUUGUUGAACAGGCGAUGCAAAAUUGCUUAGCAGGUUCCUGACGUUAGAUACAAGAGACUGAAGAAAUACGGCGAUUGUUAUUACAUUUGCCCUUUCUCAGAGUCAAUGUCCCGGAGAAAUAGAUAAUGUGGACAAACGUAAGCAUGGAUAAGUAAUGUUUUUAACAUUCGUGACGCAGGUAUGGAUAUGGCAGAUAAGUUCAACAGUGCGCGUUUCCGUGCGGAGAUGGGGGACAAUGCUUUGUCCCUCAUCAGAAUUUUGCAACUGGGCUGUGUGUGUGGAUGUGUGUGAUUGUGGUGGCUGACCUAGAGUGCAUUGCCGGACCUUUUUUUGUGGUAGGAUGCGCUUCACACUCACCAGAGUGUUGUCUUCGCUGUGCCUGUGUACUGUUACUAUGCUGACCUGGGUGGUGCUGAAGCAAAUGCAUACAAAGGCCUUCACACAAACGUGCCAUCACCCAACCAAUUUCCAAGAUGAUCUUCAUAAUUUAGCUGACAGAACACACAGAGUUCUUUCUUCCUUGGGACUGACGCACUUCCUUUGCUACGGAGCACUGUGGGGCCAGAUAAGACUGUCCCGCUCGCUGCCAUGGGAGUCUGAUGUAGAGAUGUGCCUCCGCAAUGAGGAGCUAGCUAGGAAGGAUGAAGUUUUCCUUCUCAGAGCAUUCCGGAAGCAAGGCCUACAACUGGCCUACGAUAGUGCGGAAGGGAGGUACACUGUCAAGGAUCCACAGUUUGCUGGUGGAUCUGUGCAACUUAUUGUUUUUGAGGAAGACCACAUGAUAAACAUGCUCCGGAGAGUGGGAUGGAAGCGCAGGGUCCUUCCACCGGACUGCGAGAGCAUGGACUCCCUGCAGUGCUUCCCGCCAAGGCUGAUCACUCCUCCGUUGCCUCAGAAGGAGUUUGGUGGGUACGUCAUGCCUGUACCACGUGAAGGUAUCGAGAUACAGAAGUACCACUAUCCCAGUAACUGGUGGAAGGAAGUGUUGCCUAAGAACUGUUAAAUAUAACUUGGCUAAGAAAGCUUCCUUCAUUAAAAAAGAAAUUGUCAGGUCAGUGCAAUGUGCCACAGACUUAAGAGGGAGAUAAGACAGGAAGAGUGCACAACCAGAAGUCUGGUACAAAUGCAUUAUCUCAAAGAUGAGGUACUUCUAAAAAUGAAGUUUUUCAGAAGUACUCCCCAUUGUGGAAUGUGAAAGUGUAACUGAAUAUGAAGAAGGAAAAGUGUUUAGAUUCUGUUGUUAUGUUGCCAGUAACUGACAGUUGUUUCAAAAUUAUCAUCAAAUCAGUUAAAAAAAAUAGUGUGAAUUAAUCUGCAUAAAGCACAGUGUGUUACAACAGGAAUGUUACAUUCCUGUAUUACUGCAUUUUGCAUUUAACAUAGUUUGAAUGAGAUAGAGCAGACAUAUUAUACAUACUGAUCGUAUUGUGUUAACUUUAAUAUUUAUGCUUGCCAUUUACUUCAUGCAUUGUUCAUUUCCAUUGAUGAUUGUGGCAUAUUUUUAUAUCAUAAGUAACAGCACUUACAGGCAGUAUCUUUCAACUUUCUGAUUGUACACCUUGAACACCUCUUUUUUGUGAUAAUUAAUUAUAGUUCCACACCUUGUCAGUUUGUUUACUCAUUGUACUGAAUUGAAAAAGGGGCCAUUUUAUGUCAUAUAUCUAUUAUAGAUGCUUUAAUUAGCAAAAUAGAAGUCUAAUAUAAGAGAAGAUUGAUAUUGUAAUAAUAGAAGAAGAAAUUGUAAAUUGGGAAACAGUUCAAACUUGACUCUCAUUGUAAGUUGCAUCAUCAGUGUUGUUUAUCUAUUGCCACACAUCCUGUUGUCAGUGUUUCUAUAUCAAGACAACAAUAAAUAAGCUUUGUAUUUUCAAUUAUGUGUGAUACCAGAUUGUGAUUUCUGUUUUUCAUGUUUAUGAAAAA